CCUCCCCUUCAGUCUUGCACAGGGUGUACCGGCUCCUCCCCUUUAGUCUUGCACAAGUGCAUCGGCUCUUCCCCUUCAGUCUUGCACAGGUGUACCGGCUCCUCCCCUUCAGUCUUGCACAGGUGUACUGGCUCCUCCCCUUCAGUCUUGCACAGGUGUACCGGCUCCUCCCCUUCAGUCUUGCACAGGUGUACCGGCUCCUCCCCUUCAGUCUUGCACAGGUGUAUCGGCUCCUCCCCUUCAGUCUUGCACAGGUGUACCGGCUCCUCCCCUUCAGUCUUGCACAGGUGUACCGGCUCCUCCCCUUCAGUCUUGCACAGGUGUAUCGGCUCCUCCCCUUCAGUCUUGCACAGGUGUACCGGCUCCUCCCCUUUAGUCUUGCACAGGUGUACCGGCUCCUCCCCUUCAGUCUUGCACAGGUGUACCGACUCCCCUCCUGGACUGACAUGUCUUACUGAUGUCACUGCAUUCUGUGAGCUUCUCACAAUGUGCAGUAGAAGCUGCAGCAAGUCAGAUGGGGCUCCGCCUCAUUUCUUGGCUGGAGGACGUCCAGCAUCAUCUGACCCUGGCCCGCUCCUUUCAUUUAUGGAUUUCAGUUCUUCCAAUUACUUAGUAUCA